AUGACGGAGAGACCGAAGUACUUCACUCCCAGAGAGGUCUCAGCUCACAACACCGCAGAGGACCUUUGGGUGUCUUUAUUAGGAAAGGUGUGUGACCUCACCCCGCUGAUGACGCAAUGCAAAGGUGACGCUCUGCUGUUACCCAUCAUGGAGUUUGCAGGAAAGGACAUCAGCUCCUGGUUCGACCCCGACACCAAAGACGUCCUGAGAUACGUCCACCCGCUCACUAACUGUGAGAGGUACUACACCCCCAGGGGGCGCUUCAUACACGUGCCCCCCGCCGGGCCUCGCUCUGACUGGGUCAGCGUGGUGGGUCCGCCCUGGUGGAAGGACCAACGCUACGAGGUGGGACUGCUGACGGAGAAGACCAGGUGGAUACGAGUCAUCAACACGCUGACGUCUCAGGAGCAGCAGCUGGAGGUGUGUUCGGAGGAGACUCUGGCUGAGAUCCUGCAGCGUUACCUGCGCUACAACUGUCACGCCUGCAGCUACACCUGGAAGUACGACGGAGUCAGUCUGGACAUGAGCGCCACGCUGAGCGAGAACAACGUCCCCGACGACGACCGGCAGCUGGAGGAGCUGCGCCUGGACCGAGACCUCUUCACCCCCGCCAUCCUCCUCUACUUCAACGAUGACCUCACUGAGGGAUGA